AUGGCGGCGAAGGGAUGUCGUGGAUUGUGGAUGAGGGGUUGGUGCUUGCCGUUGUGUAUUAUUCGGGACAUCGGCUGCAAAGGAGCGCGGCUUCCUGCCGGUGGGCUGGGCGGUGAGAGGGCGGAAAGUAAUCCACCCGAUGGGUGCGGCCUUCUGGGCAAGGUUGUCGGCGCAUUUGGCCAUUGUUUUGGAGUUCCUUACAUCAAGAGCUCGUGUCCUUGUGCAGUUCGAUGUCUGGGCCCAUUCACAAGCAAUGGCAAUGAUGAACCCAUCACGAAGCACUACGCCGUUUGCUUUGAUGGUGCAGAGAUCUGCAAGGUUGUGAGGAAGAGCCGCCGACAUUGA